AUGGAAAUACAAAGUAUUGUCGGAGACCAAAUAGUUAAACAAUAUAUUCAAAGUCAAGGUAAAAAUCAUGUUCAAGAAAAAGUAAUUAGAGUUUUCAUUGACAAAGAUUUAGAGAUUUGUUCCAAAAAACUUUCUCGGAAAAAACAUAAGAGAAAUAAAGAGGAUAAAACCAAGAGUAGCAAAAGGCAUCAAAAAACAAAAUUGGAGUUAGCCAAACAAGCCGAAAAAGUGGCUAAUCAAAGAAAAGAUUUUGCCUUCAAAGAAGUUAACAAAAUUGUUGAAAGAGAAAAAGUGAAAAACAAAGUGGUAGAAACUGGUCAGAAAGUAGUUAAGGUUAAUCCAGCAUAUACUAGUCAAACAUGUAGUAGAUGUAAUAAAAGACACCUAGUUAAGUUGGAAAAGAGUAAUAGGGUAUUUAUUUGUGUUUAUUGUGGAUUAGUUUUAGAUAGGGAUGUCAAUUCAGCCCGAUUAGUAAACUGUUGUUAUUCUGAAUUGUUAGAAGCCGCCACUUCUAUAAGUGGUGAUAAGAAAACAGUUUCAGCUCUUCAUGUAUCCCACUACCUUCUCUCUUUAGAUAAGAAUAGAAGAUAUUUUACUUCAAAAAGGAUGUCUCCAGAAGAAGAAGAUAUGAUAGCAUACAGAAAUGGUGCAGUAGUAGAAAAUGUUAGUAAAUCAUUUCUUAAUGAACUUUUUAUUUUGAAAAGUUAUUCUAGAGCCAACAACUUAGACCUCGAAACAAAAAGUUUUCUUAAAGCAAAAUUUGAAUACUUUCAAGGAUAUAGUGAUCAUGAAUUGCAAGAUCUUUCACAUGAAGAUCCUAGUUGGCAAUUAGCCCGAGAAAAAGGCGACAAUAUUCUAAUGUCUAGAGAAAGAGUGGAUGUUGGUAACACAAUUGUUUAUCUUGAUUUAAAAUACGAAGAUGAAGAUGAUAAUUUUAAUACUGGCGAAGAACGACCUUUUCUAAUUCGGAAGACCAAAAAAAACAAAGUUUAUUUAAUUCCGAUCGCUUCUCAAGAGAAAAACAAAGUUUCUCCAUUACAAUACCCAAUUUCUAAUUUACCUGCCAAUGCUACUCCGUUAGAAAAAGUUAAAUAUGAACUCUGCGAAAAGAUAUUAGGUUAUCAGCAAGAUAAUAACUUGUCGGACAAAGAAAUUGCUCAAAAAAUCCAUUUAACUACUGGGGAAACUAGGGAUAUUUUGUAUUGCCACAUAGAGUAUUUUACUUUGGAUAGAUUAAUAACUUAUGCGAGUAGAUUAUUUUCCCAGCAAGAAAUAAAAGUAGUUAUUGAACCUAAAAAAGAUAACCUAAAUGCCCGAACUGUUUAG